ACAAUUUAUGCAAAUAAAUAAAUUUAUGUUGUACAUCGUAAUAUUAUGUAUGUGUGUAAUUUAAGUAGCCAAAUUAAUGGAGUGAUUACUUAUAUAACACGGCUGAAGUAAAUCGAGUUCUCCCACAAACAAAAUAAACCCGUAACCGAUGACGGUAAUACGAUCAUGACACGAUGGAGGGGAACCAAGUACACCCACACAUGAUCCGACAUCCAAUCAGACAGUCGGAUUCAUGCCACGUGAUCAUUUCUGAUAUUUACUUUCAAAAGACUGGUGCUCGGAAUUUCGUUGUGGAAAAUGUGCUUUUUGAGUUAAAAAGUGAAGAUUUUAUCAGUAAGUGAUAUUGCAUAAGUUGAAUAACAUAUUCAUUGAUGUGAUCGUGAGGUCAAUGACCUGUUUUGAACUGUACAAUGCCGUGUUAAGACAGUGAACACUUUAUGCAAAGGCUGACUGUGGCAGCGGUGUUUAUGAUGGCUAAGUAGGUCACGACCGCGUCACUAACGAACUCCGACCUGUUGAAUGUAAACAAAGGCACGUGGCAUGAAUGUGGUUAUUCUAGGACAUUCCUUUAUACGCCGUUUACGUGAACUAACAGAACAGGAAUCUGCAUUCCACAAUUUAAGAUUAUCAAAGGAACAAUUUAAAAUAACAUUCCGAGCAAAAGGAGGUCUGACCCUAGAAAAACUGAAGUCAAAAAAUGAGCUCCUCGCAUUUCACUCCCCAGAUAUUGUCUUCUUACAAAUAGGAGGAAAUGAUCUUGGCAAUAUUUCCCCAUUCGUCUUAGUACAAAGGAUUCUCGAACUUGUAAACGCCUUGUUACUGGUAAACAAAGCAAAAUCUGUUAUCAUCGGACAGUUGUUUUGGAGAGACCCCAGAGUAUCUGGGAAAACAUACAAUGACAAAGUCAUCGGGGCCAACCAACUACUAGCACAGGGCACUAAAACAAGUAGGCGGAUCACCUUCUGGCAGCACAGAGGUGGAUUUUGGAAACGAGACCUGUCCUUCCUGAAGAAAGAUGGGGUCCAUCUGAAUCCAACUGCACAGAGGAAAUACCUCCAAAGUGUCAAGGCUGCAAUUCUAACAGCUUCAAAACAAUUCAAUUAAAAUAAUCAGGUACUGUUUAUAAUUGUAUACUUAAUGUAACAGUUUACCUGAUGUGUGUUGCCCUUGUUUAUGGGUUGAAGUGUAAAAAACAACACAAAUGUGAUUAUAUUAUCCUAUAUUUAUACAGUUGAAGCAUACUUUUAGUACACAAAUCACAGGGUAAAGCUUUAUGCACACUUGUCCUUUUUUACUUACUAGCUAUAUAUAUAUAUCUGAUAUACAUAGCUUUUUGACAAUAUUGUACAGUAUUUGUACAACAUUGCACCAAUUCAUGGUCAAUAGGGUAUCUUUAUUUAAUUGUUGUCAUUUAAUUUUACACAUGGUGUACAGUAUUACACCAAUCCAUGGUGAGUGCGGCCAGCUGGUUGACCGUAAUUUUUACACGCGGUGUAUAGUAUUGCACCAAACUAUGUGAUGAGUGGCUUGUUGAUAAGUAUGUGUACAACUCAGUGUACAGUAUUGCAUGAGUUUACAUAUAUGAUUAUGUCACACACGGUGUAUAGUAUUGCACCAAAAUAUAUGGUGAGUGUAGCAUGUUGACAAGUAUGUGUACAACUCAGUGUACAGUAUUGCACAAGUUUACAUAUAUAAUUAUGUCACAUGCGGUGUAUAGUAUUGCACCAAAAUAUAUGGUGAGUGUAACUUGUUGACAAGUAUAUUUACAGCUCGGUGUAUAGUAUUGCACCAAAAUUUAUGGUGAGUGUAGCUAGUUGACAAUGCAAGUUGUUUACAACUUGGUGCAUGUACGUACAGCAUAGCACUUGUUUACAUAUAUAAUUAUGGUCAGUCUAGCUUGUACAUUAAUUUUACAAUAUGGUAAAAGUUACAGGGCUGCACCAAACCAUAGUUAGUGUUUCUUAUAGACCCAUGAUGAAAUACAAAUCUUAUACCAAUGUAUGGUUAUUGAUAUAUAUACUAGGUAGUUGUUGCACUAUCUUCACAAGUGAUUGAUGUACAUGCAUAGUAUACAUGUUGUACAUAAUACAUAUAGACUGAGAGGUACAAUAUGAAUUGGCAAUAUCAUGUACCAAUGUUGGAUAUAUAUCUAUAAGGGUCAGAAUUACACUAAAUUGACAAUUCACAUUAUUUGGUAAUGUAGAUUGUGUACUUUAUAUGCACUUGACUUACAAUAUGAGACAAUUUUAGGUAAGUGAGAUAAGAUUAAGUUACAGAGUGACAAAAGGAAUGCAAAUCAGUAAACAUUUGGUUUUAUCUACACAUUCACCGGUCACUUUAGUACCAAGGUGUCAUUUUUCCAUUGUUAGUGUAUAUCUAAUGGAUACCAGAGGUACAAUAUA